CUGGUUCCAUCGGUUGGUCUCUCUCUCUCUCUCUCUUUUAGCCUUCCCGCAGGAAGUCUCCAAUCUCUCAAAGUCCAAUCGGCCACCGGCCGUUUCUCUUCCCUCCUGUACUCUCCUCUUCUUUCUGCUACUCCUGGCGUACCACCAAAACACCAAGUUUUCAGCUGCGAUAUUGGGCUGAUCUAGGUUGUGUUUGUUACCAAAUUUAGCAUCCAUUUCUUACUUAAUUCAGCUGUAUACAUGUCGGCACUUGCAGUCACAGAAAGACUGCAGAUGGAGAUGGUGCCAGAUACCGAAGCAUUUAUGAAGUUUGCAUUCCACCAAGCAAAGCUUGCUUUAGAUAGCCUUGAAGUUCCUGUUGGCUGUGUCAUUGUGGAUGAAGGGAAUAAUAAUGUUAUUGCCUCUGGAAGAAAUCGAACCACUGAGAGCCGAAAUGCUACGAGGCAUGCAGAGAUGGAAGCCAUUGAUGUGCUUCUGGACCAGUGGCGAGAAACUGGACUUUCAAAGGCUCAAGUUGCUGAGAAGUUUUCAAACUGCACUCUUUAUGUCACAUGCGAGCCGUGCAUUAUGUGUGCUGCAGCCUUAUCAAUGCUUGGUAUAAAACAGGUGUAUUAUGGCUGUGCAAAUGAUAAAUUUGGAGGCUGUGGAUCCAUAUUGUCACUGCAUUCUGGAGAUCAUUCGAGGAAGGGUUUCAAGUGCCAAGGAGGAAUAUUGGCACCAGAGGCAGUCUCUCUUCUACAGGCUUUCUAUGAGCAGGGAAAUCCCAAUGCUCCUAGGCCUCAUAGACCACCCAGUCAGUUGGUUUAGGACUCUGUAGAUUCUUUGAUUUAGGUCAAUAAAAGUGACCGACCCUUUGUUGCUCCUACAAUGAUACCUCUGUAAUCAUUCAUUACUA